GCUCGAUUCACCAUCCAUCCACAAACCGGCGAGACGCGUUCCAAUUCACCGCUGCACCAAACGAAACAACCCCCCGACAAAGUAAAAGGGUGAGGCGAUAGGUUUUCCAUCCAUUCUGACACGCGAUUGCCGGGCGAUACCGAGUACCAGCGCGAGAUCAGAGCGGCGCAUCAAACGAACCGAAACCGACCCCCCCCCCCGCCUUCCACACUAAAAGGCCGAACCCAGUGUCGCCCAUCCCACAGUCUAGAUCAUAGAGAGCCAAGAGAGAACCGGCAGCCACAAUGAGCUUCGUCCCCGUCAACCCGCGACCGUUUCUUCAGGACCUGGUCAACAAGGACGUGAUCGUGCGCCUCAAGUGGGGCGAGACCGAGUACAAGGGGAGAUUGGUGAGCAUCGACAGCUACAUGAACAUCCAGCUCAGCAACACUGAGGAGUUCAUCGACCGCAAGUUCACCGGGGCGCUGGGCCAGGUGCUGAUACGGUGCAACAACGUGCUCUACGUCAAGGCGGCAGACAAUGCCGGGGAAGGGGACAAGGAUACGAAGAUGGAGGGUUGAGGCUCUUUACGGCUCGUACGUUCUCGGGGGGAAGUUUAGCUUGGUGGAACGGAUGAUGAAAUGUUAUCAAGGCGACCGGUUGGCGCUCUUCUUGGGGAAAUAAAACGCGGGGGCCGAGAGUGGAACUCGUUGACGUAGACAAGUCGAUGAUGGCACGAUGUCAAAGGAGGGAAGGAUAAAAAGAAGACAAGGAAGACCAGGGAAGGCUGAUGAUACACGGGGAGACAAGAAGCGUCUGCAGAGCAGCAAUCUUGCGGCACGGAGUUCACCUUGCUCCCUGCCACAGUACUUACGAAGGAGGUUGGGCGUCCCUUUCGGAGCCAUCGAGCAACCAGGGGACGCUGACAGCUCUCACAAGGCCAGCAUGGAAAUUCGAGAGCCCUACAUCAAACAGGCAACCUUGCGGCUGCUGUGCAGUUCCGACUCCCC